UCCAGGUGACCUGCAGUGCCGCUGUCCUCCCAGCCCCGGCUUCCUCGCACGCCGCGCUCUGCUCUCCGGGUUUCCAUACUUGUCUCCAUUGAGACCCCCUGUGCCCUGCCCAGGGGUGUAAGAGGAGAGAGCCCCCCACUCGAAGGAUGAAGGCAGAGCAUCAUCUCUGCCGACUGACCUUGGGGAAGCUCCUGUACUCCGAACCUGGGCUGCCGUUUCUGUAAUUGGGGGGCGGGGGGCGUGAUGUAAUACCUCUCCUCAGGUACUAUUGUGAAAGAGAUGUGUGUCCAGGAUAAUAGCUUAAUUCUGAGCACUUUCUAUGGAGCAGCUGGCAUGAAUUUUCAUUAAAUCAUCGCACUGGUGCUAUGAGAGCUACUGUAAAUUACAUGAAAAAUCUUUAUUUAGAAGUAGGAAACAGAAGAAUUUAGCUGGGCUCUUCUGAUUCUGGAGAAUGGAUGUUUGUUAGGUGUGGUAACAUUUAGAGUACAGAUAUUCUUGCCAUACUUAGAGUGGUUAUAGGAUACAGGGAUAUAUUUAUCACACAUUUAAAACUAGAGGUAAGAUAAUAAUAGGGGGGUCAUGAGGUGUGCAUUUCAGCAUGUCAGAAAAGACCAUGUGUCCCCCAGGAAAUUGUUGAGCGUUAAUUAAAAAGCAUAGUUUCUGAGUUAGGAUUGAGGACUGCUAUGGGAAUUUGGAGAUAGGAGUGGAGGGGAAGAAUCCUAAAACCCUAGAGACAAUGUAGAGGAAGGGAGAAGGGUUCAGCCCAUCCUCCCAGCAGCAUGCUGGACCAAGUCUUCCAGCCUGCCUUUAGAAACCAGGGGCGCGUGCCCCCAGGGAGAUCACAGGUUGUCUCUUCUUACUCUGGGGCAGGACAAAAGGGUAUUCAGAAGGAAUGCAGGCCCCUGACUAGGCAGGCCUCUUAAAGUGUCCUUGUCCCUUCUGUGAUGCCUGCACUUCUUAUAAUGUGUUUCAGGAGAUGGGGAUGCUCACCAGGGCUAAAGAUUAAUAAGACGCUUAAAAUACCAAGGACUAAUUGAUGUAAUGGAGGAGGGUGUUUGAGUUACAUUCACUUGGUUAGAGAAGCAGUGGGCCCCAGGAGAUUGUUUUGAGUUUCAUUUUGGAAUGGAGAAAACUGGAAGACUUUGAACUAUGAAAAGUCCAGGGAUACACUAGGGAGAAUGCUUUGGAAAGAGAAGCUGGCUGCUUCAGCAUACCCUCUGCAGAGUACCUGGAAGACUUCAGUUUGCAGUUACCAAGAAGACAGUCUGCCCUGUUCCGAUGUCUUACAUAAGUGCUGCAGAAAGUCAGGCAAGACUAUAGUAAAGGCAAGUGAACAGGUUCUUGGAGAAGUGUGCUUUAUUUUGAACUAGGCCUUGAACAGAGGAUAUUUGGGAACACAAUGUGGUGAAGGUGGUGAAUACAAAGCAUAGUGGAGAGUAAUUGCUUUGGAGAGAUAGACGAUAUAUGGUUCAAAUUCAUUUCUCUGCCAUUUUUGAGCAUCGUAACUUUUUCCUGAGGAUAAAUAAUGUUAUUUUUCAAAUAUCUAACAGAGAACUCAACAAGCACUUGUACUGUUUUCCAUGUCCAUUCAACGAACGUCUGCUGAGCAUCAGUUGUGUGCUGAGUCAUAUGCUACAUGCUGGGAUUCAGAGAUGAAUCAGAAGUUAGCCCUUAGAAAUUCCCCAGUCCAGGAGGGAGACCGACAUGAAGAGCAAGUUACAAAAAAAUAUGAGAGGUACUCCCAGGCAUCCACAGUUGGUAGUGGGCUCAUGGAAGAGUAGCUAAUUCAUUUGAUAAGAGACUUGGGGCCAGUGUACGCUAACAAGAUGAAUAUGAGACCUAUGACAGAUCUUUUGAGUGCUCCAUUACCUCCUAGCUUUUAUCUCUUGUACUCUCUCUUGUCUUUGCCCUGAUAGUUCCUCUCAAGAAAAAAAAAUCAAGCCGCAGUGUGUGCAUAGUUUGUAAGCUGCUUCAAACUCAUUUUAAAAGGAAGCUGUUAUAAAUUAAACAAACACAACAGCCUGGGCAUUAGUUGAGGAAGGCUUCAGAAAAAUCACAUGGGAGCUGAUCCUCGUAGGUUGGAAAUGGGUCCUGGGUGAACCCUGGGGUGAAGAUUUCAGCCAGAGGAAGCCUUGUGUGCAAAGAGGCAUGAGAACAUGGCAGAGUCAAGGGCAUGAGGAAUAUCCCUCCUAUGGUUGUGUGGAAGAUGAGCUAGAAGUUUGGGAGAUCAUUUUAGAGAUGAGAGUCUGACCUCAGCCAUGGGUGAUGAGAAUGGGAGAAGAGGGAAUAGAUACUGAGUGAACAUACACUGUGUUGACAUCUGGUUGCAUAUAUUGAAGAACACACUGAGGUUUCUGCUUUGGAAGUCCAACUUGAUGUGGCUGAACUCAUCAGACAUCAAGGAGAGGAUAGCUAACGGCCCACAGAAACAGAGUGGAAAAUGCAAAACAACGAAAUUAUAAAACCUGCCAAAUACUUCUCAGAGUUGGAAAAGAGCAUCUUGCUUGCUUUGGUAGAAAAGUACAAAUAUGUGCUGGAGUGCAAGAAAAGCGAUGCCCGAACUAUCGCCCUCAAGCAGCGGACCUGGCAAGCGCUUGCCCACGAAUACAACUCUCAGCCGAGCGUGUCGCUGCGGGAUUUCAAACAGCUCAAGAAGUGCUGGGAGAACAUCAAGGCUCGGACCAAAAAAAUUAUGGCCCACGAAAGGAGAGAGAAAGUGAAGCGAAGCGUUAGUCCACUGCUGAGCACCCACGUCCUGGGGAAGGAGAAGAUCGCCAGCAUGCUGCCCGAGCAGCUGUACUUUCUGCAGAGCCCGCCCGAGGAGGAGCCGGAGUACCAUCCUGAUGCCGCAGCCCCAGAAUCAUUUGCUGUUUCAAAUAGAGAACUGUGCGAUGAUGAGAAAGAGUUCAUACAUUUUCCAGUAUGUGAGGGGACCUCUCAACCUGAACCCUCGUGUUCAGCUGUCAGAAUAACAGCCAAUAAAAACUACAGGAGCAAAACCUCUCAGGAAGGUGCUUUAAAAAAGAUGCAUGAGGAAGAACACCAUCAACAAAUGUCCAUCUUACAACUGCAGCUGAUACAAAUGAAUGAGGUGCAUGUGGCCAAAAUCCAGCAGAUAGAGCGAGAGUGUGAGAUGGCAGAGGAGGAACACAGGAUAAAAAUGGAAGUUCUCAAUAAAAAGAAGAUGUAUUGGGAAAGAAAACUACAAACUUUUACCAAGGAAUGGCCUGUUUCUUCAUUUAACCGGCCCUUUCCCAAUUCACCCUAAGACUUUGGGGGUGGCUCCCUUGUAAUUAAUCUGUGUUGGCAAAGGAAAUCUGGAACAUGAACUUGCGGUCAGUAACCUGUAACAGAGCUACAACUAGGAAAACUAGAGUGGUAGUAGUCACUUAUUUAAGAAUACAUUCAGGUAAACAGCUGCACCCUAUGUACCCCUUAAGUGGCAACGAAGCUGUUAUAGUUUCUGAAAAUUAUCUCUGAGUGCUAUAAUUCUGAAUGUAUUGUCUCUUAAUUAGAAUUCAUAUAAGAACCAUGUGUGAGUGUUGUAUUUUUUUUUUUAAAAUCAAAUGCAAGUGUGACUAUAAAGGAGUGUGGCUGAUUUUUUUCUUUUUUUAGGCAGACAGCAGAAUUUUUCUAUCAAAUGAAUGCUCUCCCCAUUGAAAGUGGCUGUCCAGGGUGCCCACCUGUUUCUCCAGUGGCUGUGUUAUUACUCAGAACUUGCUAGAGGUCUUUAAGGGAUUUCUGCAAAAGCUGCAACACCUCUUUCAUUUUUUUCCAGUGUCAUCCUCUGACUGUGGAUUUUCUGUUUCCAAAAAGCCGAGCAUUUGAAAGGAUAGUUUCUAAUGUGGCUCAUAAACUGCCUUUUAAGGCUCUUCCCAAAAGAGGGAUUCCAAAUACUGUCUCCAAUAGUAGAGAGUUUUGUUGGGAACUAAGGAUGUAACAACUUUGAGGGAGAAAUGUUUAUUUAGGUUUCUACACUGUUAUGUUUGUUUUAUUAAAAAAAGACUUGAAAUUU